AUACACACAGAGCCGUGAAACAGAGGAGAGACGCGGUCUUCCCGAAGUUUGCUUGCCUAAAAAUACACACAGAUGCAUUUUACUUCAUUUUCUGUAAAUUGCUCAUUGUAGUAAAGUGAAGACAGUCGCGGACAAACACACGUGUGCGCGCGAGGACGAGAAGCGCACCCGGUGAAGUUUAAAGACUGAAAGUCGACUCGCUCGCGUGGAUUACUCGGGAAUACAAAUCACUGCGAGUUUACCGGAGACAAAACGUCGCGUUUGUUCUUCCCAACCUCCAGAUUUCAAUGCUUUAAAUGAAGACUGACUUCACAGGAAUGUGCUAUGCCACUGGAUAAUCUAAAGGACUGCAGCCUCCUGAACCCUGUAUGUCUGACAAAUGUGUUUUCGCAGUGCAGUGUGGGAUGGCCCUCAUCUUCACCCUGUUUCAGUCCCUCCUCCUGGCCAUUCUGGGUGCCCCAAGGGUCCAUAGCAGUUAUCCACACUUCUCUUCCAAUGACACGGUCUUCCAGCACCUUGCAUUGCACCCUGACCCCAGCAUAGGGACGGUCUAUGUGGGGGCACGGGACCAUCUGUUCCAGCUCGCUGGCCUUGAUGGCCUCCGUCUCGAAGUAGAUGAGAAAACAGGACAGGUCAAAGACAGUAAAGACUGCUUGCCACCGGUGACCCUUGAGAACUGCCCUCAGGCUGGCCUUGUUAGCAAUCACAACAAACUGCUGUUAGUGGAUUCGUACUCCUUCCAGCUUAUCACCUGUGGCAGCGUCCACCAGGGCACCUGCCAAAAACGCAGUCUUGAAAAUGUGAAGCAAGUUCUCUUUUCUGCCGAGAGACCCGUUGAUACUCAGUACGUAGCGGCUAACGACCCGACGGUAUCAACCGUUGGACUUGUUGUGCGGCCGCAUGAUAAAGAUCCAGUCCUGUACGUCGGACGAGGGUACACCAGCAGUCACCCACCAGUCUCCACAAGACAACUUUUGACAGAGCCUGUGUUCUCGUACGAGGAAACUGCAAAACUCGCCGUCGCCGGUCGCCUCUCGGAGUACGACCAUAAUUUUGUCGCUACUUUUGCCCGACGUAACCACGUCUACUUCCUGUUCUAUAGGCGCGACCUGAAAACUACGAGGGAAUAUCGUACGUACGUGGCUCGGGUUUGUCUUGACGAUCAGGCGUAUUAUUCUUACGUUGAAGUUCCGCUAACAUGCCGUUUGCCUGGAAAGAACUACAAUCUCCUCCAGGGGGCGCAAGUGGGUGGUGGAGAAUACGGAGCCUCGCAAGUUUUAUUGGGAGUCUUCUCAACGCCGCUUAGUGGUGCUAGUGGACCCAGUGAGGAAUCGGCAUUAUGUUUGUACGAUCUGGAUGAGGUGGACCGCAGUAUUGAUGGUACUCGAGAUCUGUGCUACACACAAGAUGGGGGCAACAAUGUGGCGUACAUUGAAUAUGAAGUCAAAUCCAGCUGUGCCAACCUGCCCAUGAACACCCUGAACGCUUAUCCCUGUGGUUCAGACCACACCCCCAGUCCAAUGGCAAGCCGGGAGCCGGUUGACGCUAAACCGAUAUGGGAUAAUCCAUCCGCGCGUCUCACUGCUGUGGCCGUCAGUGUGAAGGAGGGGCACACGAUUGUCUUCCUGGGUGACUCCAAAGGCAAUUUGCAUAAGGUGUUCCUGGGUGAGUCAGGAGAGGUGAAGAGAUACUCCACUGUUCAGAUUCAAGCAGGUUCACCUAUCAACAGCGACUUACUGCUGGAUGUUAACCACAAACACCUUUACAUCAUGACCAGCAAUACUGUGGAAAAGAGGCCUGUAGCAGAGUGUGAAAAACACACUGAUUGUACUUCCUGUCUGGCAGUAAAGGACCCAUACUGUGGUUGGUGUGUUCUUGAUGGCCGGUGUGGGAUGCAGUCAGACUGUAGGUUGGGUUCAGUGGCAGGUCAUUGGCUGUGGAGUUUUGAUGACCAGCAGCAGUGCUUGAAAGUGGAGUCACUGAGCCAAUAUAACGCCAGCCUGGGAGAACAAAAACAGAUUGCUGUGGAUGUCCCAGGUUUGCCGAGCCUGUCAGAGGGUGACACGUACUCCUGUUUUUUUGAAGACACAGAGACGGCUGCCUCUCUCCAGGGGACCACAGUCACAUGCGCUACACCCGAGACCCACAGACUGCCACCUAUACCACAGGGAGAAGAUUGUGUACGUGUCCGACUGUCCCUUCGCUUCAGGAGAGUCACUGUAGUCGUCUCAGACUUCACCUUCUAUGAUUGCUCAGUGGUGCAGCAGCUGUCUGGCAGCAUGCCGUGUAGUGGUUGUGUUAGCAGCCACUGGCAGUGUAACUGGUGCAUCCACCAGCACGUCUGCACUCACAGGUCCACGUGUGACCGCGGUGUGAUCAUCUAUAACCAGCAUUUUACACUCCCCACAUCUACACCUCGAAUGGUUAAAGACGUUGAUACGAACACGGUUACAACCUCGACACCCUCUACGACAACCCUUCCGACCACAACCGUUCCGACCACAACCCUCCUGACCACUGAGGUUGCCAUAACAACCGAAGACGUAACAACAACCCCUUCCAUGACCCCUCCCACUACUCCAGAGCCAACCGCCGCCCCCACCACGCCUUUGGAAACCACAACUCCGCUCACCGACCCGCCCACUACCCCCAACCACGCAACAACUGCUUCUUCGCACCAAUCCGCUACCACUGCAGAGUCGAUCGAUACGACCACAGGGGCACAAACACUCUCGCCAAACGUCUCUUGGGUUGAGGACAGGGUGCAGGUAGGUGUGGUGUCGACGCCUACCCCCCGACUGCACGAAGGGCUUACGGUUGAUGCGUUGCAUGAAGACGCUGUCGAAUUGACCUUACCCACUUUGAGAGCCGGAGAAGUGGUGACUAUGGGAAUGUUGGGUGAGGUACUGCCCACGUCUGCCUCUGAAGUGGUGACCCUGUCGCAGGCAGAAUUGGAUAUAGAUGCCCUAAUAGACACGGGUGUCUCGGUGUCGUCCGCUAACGCCCCCUCUGGUGAUGGUGAGGCGGGUCUUGAUUCGUCCGAUUUCCCCAUUUCUUCAGACAUGGACUACCAGUCCGACUCAGCUGACCUUUUUCUCUUGGGAGAAGAGAGCUUAACAAUAAGCGGAGGUGCUCACGCAUGCCCGUGUUUGGAGAGCGUUCAGGGCAGCUCGCUUCUUCCUGUCAACGUUGCGAGCAAGAUUACUCUAGUCGGUCGCAACCUACACCUUUACCAGGAUAAAGAUCUGGAUUACCAGUGUGUGCUAAUAAUUGAGGGCCAAACUGUGGUGGUGGAUGCUUUCGUGGAAGUCGAUGAUGCCCAGCCAUCUCUCUUCUUUAUCACCUGCCAGCAACACAAGUACUCCUAUUCGGCUGACAUGGAGGAAUACGUGUCUACGGUCUCAGUUAGGAGAAGAGACUCUUUUCAGAUAGACUACCCAGAAAAUCUGCAUGUACAACUGUAUAACUGCUCGGUGGGCCGCUCCGACUGCAGCCGAUGUCACACGGCCAAUCGGCAGUAUGGAUGCGUGUGGUGCGAGGGAUCUCGUUCCAGCUGCGUCUUCAAGAGUUCCUGCUCCGACCACAUCCAGCAGACCUGUCCUGCUCCUCACAUACACAUGAUUACGCCUCUUUCUGGUCCAGUGGAGGGCGGUACUGUGGUCACAAUCUUUGGAUCUAAUCUGGGUCAGAGAGCAGAAGACAUCCAGCACUCCGUCACCAUAGCAGGGGUCCCUUGCAGAGUCAUAGCCGACAGAUACGAGGUCUCCUCAAGCAUUGUUUGUGAGACCACAGCGAGCGGAAGGGAAACAAGCGGCCACGUCUCCGUGGAGGUUAAAGGCGGAGGAAUCGGCCAAUCUGCCCAGCGCUUCAGUUACAAGGACCCAGUGUUAUUGGACGUGUCUCCUCUGAAAGGCCCAAUGUCAGGCGGCACAUCGCUCACCAUCACAGGACGAAACCUUCUAACGGGCCAUCCCAACGAGAUGGGCGUCCUGAUUGGUGGAGUCCCAUGUCACAUUUAUUCUGAGCAGCACAACGAUCGUGUUGAAUGUGUGACUGGAGGGAAUAACCGAACUGGAGAAAGUGCCGUUACCGUGCGGUUUGGUAAAGCACAGCGCCAUCUGUCGAAAGUUUAUUAUCACUACACACCAGAUCCUAAUGUAACCAAUGCCAUUCCAUCUAAAAGCUUCCUUAGCGGGGGUCGAAUCAUUCGAGUGUCCGGCCAGCAUCUGGAUGUGGUACAGGAGCCGCGUAUCCGUGUGACCCUGACCCCUCUAGAGUCCCAGACUCAAAGGAAGAGGAGGAGCGUGUUGGCAAGCGAGAAUAAAGUACACUACGGUCCUCUUAAAAGAAGGCGUCGGAUAGUCCCUGAACUGGACUGUCGUGAUAGUCUUUGUGUCGUCAAACAGGUAGAGUUCACACAAGUUGAAGAGCAGUGCACAGUGAACAGUUCCACUUUAAUCCUGUGUCCCACUCCAGAAGUGGGGCCCGAGGCCCUGCGUGCCGCAGUAAGCGUCCACUUCCUCUUGGAUAACCUCCAUUUUGAAUUUGAGGCGGUCAACGGCGGCCCCUUCAGCUAUGAGCCGAACCCUGUUCUUCACGACCUCAAUCAACACGAUCCCAGCAAACCUUUCCGCCACAAACCCGGCAGCAUCAUCUCUGUUGAGGGGGAGAACCUGGACCUGGCCAUAUCUAAGGAAGAGGUGGUGGCCCUGGUUGGAGAUGGAGAGUGCACCGUCAAGACUUUAACCAGGAAUCAUUUGUACUGCGAGCCGCCAGCACAACAGCCACCGGUGUCAGCGUCCAAGAAACGAGAUUCCAAUGACGCACUCCCAGAAUUCACUGUGAGGAUGGGAAAUCUCAACUUCUCUCUGGGUCGGCUGCAGUAUGAUUCACAGGGUCAGGCCACCUUCCCUCUGGAAGCUCAAGUUGGAGUCGGGGUGGGAGCCUUUAUUGUGGCUCUUAUUGUGCUGGUUAUCGUCCUCAUAUACAGGAGGAAAAGCAAGCAAGCCCUACGAGACUAUAAGAAAGUUCAAAUUCAGUUGGAGAAUUUGGAGACCAGUGUCAGAGAUCGCUGUAAAAAGGAAUUCACAGAUCUAAUGACGGAGAUGAUGGACGUAUCCAGCGAUCUCAUGGGAUCUGGUAUUCCAUUCCUGGACUAUCGUAGGUACUCUGAGAGGAUCUUCUUCCCUGGUCACAGAGAGUCACCGCUAACACGAGACCUUGAUGUUCCGGCUUGUCGCCGGGCCACCGUAGAGCAAGGCCUGGUUCAGCUGUCUAACCUUCUCAACAGCAAGCUGUUCCUCACCAAGUUCAUUCACACUCUGGAAGCCCAGCGGACCUUCUCUCCGAGGGACAGGGCGUACGUGGCGUCUCUCCUCACGGUGGCGCUGCACGGCAAGCUGGAAUAUUUCACAGACAUCUUAAAAACUCUGCUGAGUCACCUGGUGGAGCAGUACAUCACCAAGAACCCUAAACUCAUGCUGCGCAGGACUGAGUCUGUAGUGGAGAAGCUUUUGACAAACUGGAUGUCUAUUUGCCUGUACUCCUUCCUCAGGGACACGGCAGGCGAGUCUUUCUACAUGAUGUUCAGAGCCAUUAAGCAUCAGGUGGAUAAGGGUCCCGUGGAUGCUGUUUCAGGCAAAGCUAAAUACACGCUGAACGAUAACAGACUACUGCGAGAAGAUGUGGACUACCAUACUGUGACUCUAAAUGUUCUGGUGAGCAGCGGAGGCGCUGGUGAGUCACAGACGGUCCCUACCAAAGUCCUGGAUUGUGACACCAUCACUCAGGUGAAGGAGAAGAUCCUGGAGCAGACGUUAAAGGGCACAUCAUACUCCCACAGACCCACUGCAGACUCCGUUCAUCUGGAAUGGAGAGCAGGAAUGGCUGGUCAUCUGAUCUUGUCAGAUCAGGAUUUGACAUCAGUGGUUCAGGGGUCCUGGAAACGCCUCAACACCUUACAGCACUACAAGGUUCCCGAUGGUGCCACAGUAACACUAGUGUCACGACAGUCCAAACAAAUCCACCAUGACAGCCAUGACUACAUACCAGGAGAGAAGACUCCAAUGUUGGAGGAUGGAGAUGAUGAAGGAGUUAAACAAUGGCAUCUGGUGAAGGCCAAUGAGGAGGCAGAACUUCCCAAACACAGACGAGGCAGUCUGAGAGAUAAAGACCGUGAGAGAGCCAAGGCCAUACCGGAGAUCUACCUCACACGUCUGCUGUCUGUAAAGGGUACACUGCAGAAGUUCGUAGACGAUCUGUUCACUGUGAUUUUGAGUACCAGUCGACCGGUUCCUUUGGCUGUGAAAUAUUUCUUCGACUUGUUGGAUGACCUGGCGGCACAGCACAACAUUACAGACCCAGAGACCAUUCACAUAUGGAAAACAAACAGCUUACCGCUGAGAUUCUGGAUCAAUAUCCUAAAAAACCCUCAGUUCAUCUUUGACGUUCAGGCCUCUGAUAACGUGGACUCUGUGCUGUCAGUCAUUGCUCAGACCUUCAUGGACUCCUGUACCAUUGCCGACCACAAACUGGGCAGGGAUUCCCCGAUCAAUAAGCUUCUGUAUGCGCGAGAUAUCCCACGCUACAAACAAAUGGUGGAAAGAUAUUAUUCAGAUAUACGACAGACCAUCCCUGUCAGUGACCAGGAGAUGAAUUCUUCACUAGCUGAACUCUCAAGGAAUUACUCAAAUGAAGUGAAUCAUCUGGUGGCAUUGCACGAGUUAUACAAGUAUAUCAACAAAUACUAUGAUCAGAUUAUCACAGCAUUAGAGGAGGAUUCAACGGCUCAGAAGAUGCAGCUGGGAUACAGGCUUCAACAGAUCGCCGCAGCUGUGGAGAAUAAAGUCACUGACCUUUGACCCGUGACCGCGAACAGACACUUUGAAAGACUGAAAUAAAGACAGCCAAUGAGAGAGCAGAGACCCUGCCCGGAGCAAUGAACUCUCACUUCCUGCGGUUCUGAAGGAUCCUGAGAAGAACAGAGGGGAAUUGAGAUCUUUAACGCUGUUACAGUCGAAGACACAGCAUUUGUAGAUGUUAUAUCUGUCUUAGAUAUUACACACAUACACUGUUGCUGGUCUGUAGAGUUGCUCUUUCUCUUUGCUUUUGCUGAAGGUUUCAUGCAUUCGCCACACGGGGUGCCCGACAAGAUCUGUACGCUUUGCCUGAACGUUUUCUUUUUCUGUUGGUGUGAUGUUUCUGAUAGAGAAGCAUCCGGUUUGCUAGUGCUUCAGAUUUUUUAUGCAUUUUCUGAAUAUUGCUCAAAGCAAGUCUUACGCAGACCAACAUAAAGUUUGGGAGGAUGUUGUAAACUGCCACGCUCAAUGUCUUAAUAAUAAGAGUUUAUGAAGGAUUGUUUAUAAAGGACGUCUAAAUUAAUGAUGUUACGUGAUCCUGGUCUGAAAAAUAAUUUUUAGGAUGCUUUGUUUUUAUCCAAAACAUGUUUAUUUGUGAGAAACACUGGUUAAAGGGACCUCACCCUGACAGAGCCAUAUGUACUGUUUUCAUAUGGCAUAGAUUACAGUAUUAUAUUCAUUAACAUGCAUGGGUACUCACAGAGAUAAGUGGUUGGCACAUGCAUGUCGCACGUGUAGACCUCUUUUUUUUUUUUUUGAGUCACAUUUUAUCAAUGAUGUAAAUGUAAAUGGAAGGUUAACCUGAUUAACACACUUGACAAUUGAUUUAGGUAAAUAGGUUGUGUCAUGUAACGUUCAACAUGCUUGGUUGUAAAUUUUACAUAGUCUUCGAUGGUUUAUUCUUCAGUGUUAAUGUGUGCUGUUCUGAUGUUCUUGUUGGCUUACAUCACUAAAACAAAUAUGGUUUACCUGGCUGUCCUAAUGGGUACAGAUAUCUCCAUAUGGGUGAUUAUAUAACUGCAGGUACAUUUGGUGUCAAGUCAUUUUUUCAACUGGUUAUUAUUUUAAUAAUUUGGUACCCAUUAUGACGAAAUCACAAAAUGUUACAGGCCAUAGCAAUAUAAUAUUUAAUGUAAAACGUAUCUUAUUUAACUGAAAAUCAUGGUUUUCUUUUUUCUGAAUUAGUGUCAACUCUGUUACUGUCAACCUCUGUUACCAGGGUUGUGUGUGUGUGCGUCUGUGAGUGUGAGAGAGAUAUUUUGUUUUCCUCUGUACAUGACUGCCAGUUCUUUUGCAUACUGUCAACACUGUUACUCUAUUCUGGUAACAGAGUUAGACAGUAACAGUGUUGACAGUUGUGUAUGUGUGAGAGAGAGAGUUUGUGUGUCUUUUGUGUGUUACUCUACCUUGGUAACAGAAUUGAUAGGUAUGUAUAUGAGAGAGAGAGAGAGUGAUAAAGUUUGUGUUUCUCUGUGCAUGACUGCCAGUUCUGUUACAUACUGUCAACACUGUUACUCUUCCCUGGUAACCGAGUUUGACAGUAACAGUGUUGACAGUUAUGUUUGUGAGAGAGUAGUAGUGAUAAAGUUUGUGUUUCUCUGUGCAUGACUGCCAGUUCUGUUACAUACUGUCAACACUGUUACUCUUCCCUGGUAACCGAGUUUGACAGUAACAGUGUUGACAGUUAUGUUUGUAAGAGAAAAGUAGUGAUAAAGUUUGUGUUUCUUCGUGCAUGACUGCCAGUUCUGUUACAUACUGUCAACACUGUUACUCUUCCCUGGUAACCGAGUUUGACAGUAACAGUGUUGACAAUUAUGUUUGUGAGAGAGAAGUAGUGAUAAAGUUUGUGUUUCUUCGUGCAUGACUGCCAGUUCUGUUACAUACUGUCAACACUGUUACUCUUGCCUGGUAACAAAGUCUGACAGUAACAGUGUUGACAGUUAUGUAUGUGAGAGAGAGAGUUUGUGUGUCUUUGUGUAUGUCUUCCAGUUCUGAUAAAUAAUGUCAGCACUAUUACUCUACCUUGGUAACGGAGUUUGGCAGUAACAGAGUUGACACUGACUAAUUCAGACAACAUGAAAUUAUCAUUUUCAGCUAUAUAAGGCACAGGAAGUAUUAUAUUCACCCUGGCUUGUCACAUCUUGUGAUCCGUGGAGAUUAGUACUAAAUUAUUAAAAAUAUAACCAUUUGGGACACCAAAUGUACCUGCAAUUACAUAAUCACUCGUGUGUGUAUAUAUACGGUACAUCCCUGCACAUUUGGCUGAAAUGGUUACGACUGAAGUAGUUUUUUUAUUUUUAAGCGAUCAUGAUCAACUUUUCUUUUAAACUUUUCACAAAUUGUGUGAUUUUUUUUUUUACACAUCAUGACUAACAUAGAGUUGCUAUUUGGAGAUGUGCUUUUAUGUGCUUUCAGCAAUACAAAUUAGAUCAGAUGCCAAAUUGUAAAUGGCUAAACUACCUGUUUCAUCUUUCCUUAUUUACAGAAAUAGCUAAUGUUUGGUAAUUGUACAAUAUUAGUAAAUGAAAAGGUAAUGUAAACCAGUUGCCCAGCAGUUACAACCUGGUUAAUCCCCGAGUGUUUUUAGUAAGCACAAUUCGUUCCCUGCUUAAGAUGAUUUGCUGUAUUUUGGAAAAUGGUAGGUAGCUGGUUUCUACUAGUUCAGAAUGGUCAAGCCAGUGGUUUGAAGCAUGGUGUCUGCUCAACCAGCCAAUGUGCUGCGAUUGGAUGACAACAAACCAGCUACCAACCACCAAAACACAAUAACUGGCAUAAGUUGCACACUGUUGGAGUCACAUGCUGUUCGGCUGUUUCUGCAUUUAUGAUCAUGGCUCGUUCAGCUGUUCUUUUGAUGAUUGACAGUUCAGCUAUCUGUGUUUUUACAUAGUGCGAACACUGAAUGCACAAAUGUAACCUGAACUAAAUGCAGCUGCUGCCUCUUACACUGAGCAUUGCUUACAUACAGUAAUUGAUUUGAUUUCUAUAUAUUUAUUUAUUUAUUUUGUGUUCAAAAUGGAUUGAUGUACAGACCAAAUUUCUGUAAUUAUGACAUCCCCCCAAUUGUUUUUUUUUUUUUUUAAAUAAGAUUACCUUUAAUCUGUGGCUGAGAGCUAUAGGUUUCAAUAUCUUUGAACAUUCAUGCAGGUUUCUUUUCGCUGUAGUUCACUGUUAUGCUGGCCUUUUGGUUUGUAUGAUACACAACUGAUUGUUUUGUAAGUCUUGCAAGGGACGUGCUGGCUAUUCGAGGCUAUUGUAAAUUGUUUGAUCUCCUCGCUCUUUUUACCUGUGCAUUUCUACGCAUUUCUGUAAAUAAAAUGUGCGAUCAUAAAUGUUUCAUAAGCCGUUAAACUGAAGCAAAUGUCAGUUUUUAUCAGCUGUUCUGUAAUACACUGUUGAAAAAGUUUCAUUUUAAGACAGAAUGGUUAAAUCUUCGCAUUAAAGGUUUAGUUCACUUAAAA